AAAAUAGAUUCGUCAAUCAUUGUUCGACGUUUUCGAAACUCGACAAGAAACCUUCAUUUUAAACUCAGAAAACGCCAUGCUAUCACAAGCAGUGUAUGCACUAGAAAUUAGCCAAAGGCCUAUAAAUGACAUUGAUAAUACUGGUUCAACCGAAGAAUAUCCGAGAGAAAACGAAAUGAACACAAAUCGUCAAAGUCAGCUCUCAGCGAUCUUCACUCCAAUUUUGAUCGCUAUGAAAUUGACGGGGCAGUUCUUCGGAGAAACUGCACUGAGUGAGAUAGGUCGUCUGAGAAUAUGCUACAUUUCGCGAUUCUUCAGCACACUCGUCGUUCUGGGCCAAUGGCUACUCGUGGUAUUGAGUGUUGUAAGUCAUUUUCACAUAGGUUUCUCGACAACGCCGGAGUUUUUCUUCUUAUUGGUUACCACCAUUUGGCAUGCCCAAUGUGCUAGUAGCACCACCGUUUGCUUGGUCGUUUUGCCAUUAGCGCCAAACAGGCGACCAUCGAGAUUUGCUCGAUUUCUUUCCAGUUUUGGAACGAACACACCCGAACUAGAAGGGAUGAAGGAAAAAGCUGUGAAAGGUUUAGCUUUGGGUUGCCUUUCUGUUCUGAUCAAUACCGUUGUCGUCACCUAUUUCAGUGUCUGCUACAGAGGUAUAAUCUCUAUUUUCCCACCAUGGUAUCCACACUCAGAUAAGUACUUGGCAGUGCGAGUGAUAGAAGUGGUCUUUGGGACUUUCGACUCCUUCGCUUGGAUUCUUCCAGCCUUGAUCUUCUGCAUCACCUGCAUGCUCCUGGAAAAGACGUUCGAAACUCUGCAAAAGAAAAUGUCCAAGGAAUCCUUCCACUCUUUCACCAUAGCACACCUGCGGCGGGAACACCUGAAGCUUUGUGAGAUGGUAGAGCUGGCUAAUGCUGUGUUCUCGCCGCUCCUCUUUGUGAUCGUUUCACUGGACAUACCACUUUUGUGUAUCAACUUCCAUCAACUCAUCAAGUCGGCAAGCAGCCAAAAAGACACCAUCGUUAUUAUCAGCUACCUCUACUGGAGUUUGUGUAUAGCGACUUUGCUGGGGGUUGUUUUCAUGUUUGGAAGCCGCGUUAACGAGAAGGCUCACAGUUUCUAUGAAACCUUACAGAAAUCUAAGGUUUCUGUCGAAAACAUACAAGAAAAUACUGAGUUGAUGCUCUUUCUUGCUCAUCUGCGAGGAGAUCCCAUCGGAUUGUCUGUGGGGGGAUUGGCAAUGAUCAGCAAGUCGGUGUUCCUCACGCUCUUUGGAUUAAUUGAGUCAUACUUCAUCGUACUGGUGACGUUACCGAGUUAAGCUGACGGAGAGAAGAAUACCCAAUGAGAGCUCAAGCUGUAGGAGCUUAGAAUUUAGCUUCAAACUAACUUUAUACUAUUUAUUUCAUAAUGUGUUUAUGAUUGGCGGCGUCUUCAAACUUAUAUAUUCUCUACUUUCCAAUUGCCCAUAAUUCACUCUGUUUGCCCCCCAAUGAAUAAAAUACUCUUGGGAGGUCUG